AUGGAGUUCACAGUGAUCGACUACAGCAUCUUCGCCCUGCUGCUGGUGUUCUCCUCGGCCAUCGGGCUGUUCUAUGCCCUGAGCGGGGACCGGCAGGGCACGGUGCAGGGCAUCCUCCUGGCCCUCUCCUUACUGGCCACCUUCCAGUCGGCCGUGGCUAUCCUGGGUGUACCAGGAGAGAUCUAUCGCUAUGGAACCCAGUACUGGUUCCUGGGCUGCUCCUACCUGCUGGGGUUGCUCAUCCCGGCCCACAUCUUCAUCCCCAUCUGCUACCGCCUGCGCAUCACCAGCACCUAUGAGUACUUGGAGCUGCGCUUCAACAAGACUGUGAGGUUGCUGGGGACUGUCACCUUCAUCUUGCAGAUGCUGAGUGGGGUCAUCUACAUGGGAGUGGUCCUCUACGCGCCCGCCCUGGCUCUCAAUGCAGUGACAGGCUUUGACCUCUGGAGUGCAGUGCUCACUAUGGGACUGGUCUGCACACUCUACACCACGGUGGGUGGGCUGAAGGCUGUCAUCUGGACUGACGUGUUCCAGACACUGGUGAUGCUGGCGGGGCAGCUGGCUGUCAUCGUGGUGGGUGCCCGGCGUGUGGGCGGCAUGGCCCAUGUCUGGCACCUGGCCCAUCUGGAGGGCCGGGUCUCUGGCAUCAACCUGGACCCUGACCCCUUUGAACGGCACACCUUCUGGACACUGGCAGUGGGGGGGGUCUUCAUGAUGCUGUCGCUGUACGGGGUGAACCAGGCGCAGGUCCAGCGGUACCUGAGCGCCCGCAGCGAAUGGGAGGCCAAGCUCUCCUGCUAUGCUGUGUUCCCCUGCCAGCAGCUUGUGCUCUGCCUCAGCUGCCUCCCCCCUGACCCCCUGCCCCAGCUGGUGCUGUACUUCGUGAUGGACGUGCUGCAGGACCUGCCUGGGCUGCCUGGACUCUUCGUCGCCUGCCUCUUCAGCGGGUCCCUCAGCACCAUCUCCUCUGCUUUCAACUCGCUGGCCACGGUGACCAUGGAGGACCUGGUGCGGCCCCACUGCCCUGGGCUGUCGGAGUCACGGGCCACGCUGCUUUCCAAGCUGCUGGCUUUCGGUUAUGGGUUGCUGUGCCUGGGCAUGGCUUAUGUCUCCUCCAUGCUGGGUCCCGUGCUGCAGGCAGCCAUCAGCAUCUUCGGCAUGGUGGGGGGGCCACUCCUGGGUCUCUUCUGCCUGGGCAUGUUCUUCCCCUGUGCCAACCCCACGGGUGCUGUUGUGGGGCUGCUGGCUGGCCUGGCCAUGGCCUUCUGGGUGGGCAUUGGCAGCCUGCUGCACAGUGGGGGGGGUGCUGGGGGGGCCCCUCCACCCAACAGCACCAUGCUGCCCCCCGAUAGCAACCUCACCACCCUCCUUGCCACCACACUUCUGCCCCCCACAGGGCUGCGCAAGUUCUACAACUUGUCCUACAUGUGGUACAGUGCCCACAACUCCACCACCGUCAUCCUGGUGGGGCUCUUGGUCAGCUUCCUUACCGGCAGUGGGGAGAAGGGGCCUCGGAAGCGGAAGGGCCCCAGCCCGGCGGCGCAGGGUGACACGCAGAGCCAGACGAGCGAGGGGACGGUGGAGAGCCUGCACAGCGUGCGCACAGACUUCAGCCCCGACGCCCUGCAGAAUGCCUUCCCCAGCAUGAAGAAGACACUGGAGUUCAAAGCCCACGACGGGGAGAUCGAGGACAUUGCGCUAGGGCCCGAUAACAAGGUGGUGACGGCAGGACGGGACUUCCAGUGCUGCGUGUGGCAGCGGGACCAGCUGGUGAUGGGGUUGAGCUGGAAUGAGAACCUGCCUGGCUCUCUCCCUGUCUGGCUGCUGUUGCUGCUCUGUGCCGGGCUCAUUGUGGUCACCAUCCUGCUGCUGCAGCUCGCUUUUCCAGGCUUCCUGUAG